GGGGGGGGGGCAUGUGUAGAGGAAGACCGCCCCCGGUUCCAGCCCCGCACAGGGGGCCCAUUUGGGGUUUCCGCUCUCUCUGCCCUGCUCUCCUGAGGGGAUCCCCUUUACCAUGUUGCUGGGCAGGCGGAGGGAGGGGCGGAGGACCAUCCUGAGGGGACGGGGCAGAGCGCCCAGCCGGGCAAAGCAAAGGCCGGGCGACGGCGGCCGCUCAACGGCCUCCUUGGCUCGCGGCCUUCCGCCGCCGCCGCCGCGCGGUGUUUGCCCGGGUUGCCAGGCAACGCGCGGCGGCCUCAUGGCGGUGGCGGUGCCGCUGAGCGAGGCCUGGAUUCGCCGGCAGCCGGCUCUGCGGGGGCUACAGCCAGGUACUGACCGCCAGCUAGCGAGAGGGCUGGCCGGGGGCGCGCGCGAAGGGGCCUCCUCGCUCGGUCUCCCCAAGGAGCGCCCCCCCCCCCCAGCGCCGCCAUGGGGCAGCCUCCCCGGCCGGGCGACCACGGCUACUUAGGCCCAGCCAAGCUCAAGUCUACUUCCAAGCCUCGCUGCUUCCAAAGUUAAGGGACCCUUCGGUCACCGGGUGUGGGCAUUCUGCACAUGCUCAGGGGCGCUCCUUUUCAUAGUCUGGCACCGUCCACGACUUCAUUAGAGCAUUCGGACGUUUCCAGGGAAGGCUGGCCGGUCGGGAGGGUAGUGUGGGGUAGGAGGCAUGUGUGAAACAGAACUAAUUCCCCUGAACUUUUGUUCCAUGCGGAACGGCUCCCUUUUUUCUUCUGGCUUCUUCUCUUGUUCCCCCACCCUAGCGAAAACUACUCGCUAUAAGUGCGCGGAGGAGAGGGGCAAGUACUCCGCGGUGGGGCCUCAAGAGGAGGACUCAGAGGGGGACUGAGUGGGGAGGGGCUGGUCCUUGGGACAGGGCAGCCAAAGUACCUUGCUGAAUGCACGAGGCCACUUAAGGGAUUUUUCUGCAACCCAGGUGCACUGAAGCAAAACCAUGCUAGGGUGAAGCAAUAGCUUUGUUUUGUUGUGAGGGGAUCUUACAUAAAAAGGGAGAUCCCACGAGCCUUCUACAGCUUUCUGCCCUUGGGACCAGGUUGGGGAAUUUAAUAUUGUUAAACCUAUAGCAGCAAAUUCAGUGCUUCCUUAAGCCCACUCAAUGUGUUGGGCAGAUUGCCUGCCUCCCUUUUUAUGUUUUUAGUACUAUUUAUAACACACUCUUCUCUCUCAAAGCAGCCAGUCAAAGCAGCUAAUAAAAGUACAGUAUUAAAAAGAAAACAAAGAUAAAUCGUUUUUUUAAAGAAACAAACAAAGAAAGAAAAUGCUAGAUAGUUUGUGUUUGCACUCAAGAGAGUGGAAUGUGAUUUGAAAGAAUUGCUUCUCAUUUUCUAAAUGCUCAUCAGAGGCAGAUUUAGGGGAGUUUGACCAGUUCGUUCACACAGUGCGGAGCCUAGGGGGCGCUGCAACUAUUGUUUCAAAUGGUGCGGAGGAAGUGCUAAAUUAAAUAUUGAGACCCCAAGGUCCUCCGCUGUUCUCAUCCAAACCAUCUUUGCCUCUAGAUAAACUGGUUCUGCAGGUUUUGAAUGGUUACAAAAAGCUGUUUGAUUAGAGGCAACAGUGCAUAAAAAGAAACGUUAGUACACCAUGGGAGCUCUUCUAAAAGUAUUUUCUCUAUCCUAAGAGAUCCUCCUUUGAAUGCUUAUGACUUGUGUCUCUUGAGAGUUAUUUCUUUAAUUUUUUUCAGUUUAGUGCCAGUUUGCACUAUUGUUUUCUACCACAGUGGGGUUUACGGGUUGCAGCUUAAUAGGACUCAUACUUGUGGAUGACAGCAACAUAUUUUACAUCUAACACACACACCCCACACACAGUCAGAAUAUACAAAGCUAAAAGAAAUCAGAUAAACAAAUUUUCUGAUAUGUAAAAAACUGCAGUUUAAGAACUGUAGGAAAGACCAAAACACAUUUACAAAUUGCCAUUUUUUUCCAGAACAGGUGGAGUCCAUCUCUCUGCAGGGAACCCAUGCAGCCAAAAUUGUCUCUCUUGGAGAUGGCCUGAAAGCCUUUAAAAACCUUCAGUCUUUAGAUUUGUCAAAGAACCUGCUUGCUUGUCUAGAGGUGAGUUCUGUGGCCUUUCAUGGUUGCUGCAGGAUAAUCUAUUGAGAGAUUAGAUCUUCUUUCCCAAAAGCCAGAGCCUGGGAUACUCCUGAACUGCGAAGCCGGUAAUUGUGGUGAUGAAUGAUUCUUGUUUCCCAAGUGGAGGAGCUUGGUAUUAGUAAGAGGCAUCUCACCCAUAUCCUUUCCUGCCUUCACAUGUCUAAUAUGGUGCGCUAGCAGCUCAGUCUCGGAAGUGAUAUACACCUAAACUGUAGGCUGCAAUCCUAAACCUGCUUACCUGGGAGUAAGACCCAAUGAAUUUAGUGGGUCUUAUGGCUGCAUAGACAUGGUUAGGAUUGUGUUCUUUCUGCCCUGGAUGGGCAGCAUUUAGACUUAUAAAACUUUUUCAAUUGCCCUGUGGAAACUCUGGCUCUUCCUCUCUUACCUGUUGCAUGGCUGUGGCCAUGGAAACAGGGGUUAUCUCCCAGCCAUUCUCUCUGAAGAUUUUGCAGUCAGGUAUGGGAUACUGUUAUAAAAUUAGAUAGAAACCUAUUUAACAUUUAAUAAAGUUUAUGUACCUACACCUAUCCUCUAAAUAAUGAGUUAUGUAUCAAUGUAUGCUUUUAUUUCUUUGAUAUUUUGAGUUCUAUGCUAUGUGGACUUCUUUGCCCCUUGCCUUUCUUUUUUCUUUUAUAAAUUUUAUUUAUAGUUUUCAUUUGUAUACAUUUCAAUAAUUUUACAAAAAUCCUAACAUUUCAAACAAUUUGACUUCCUUCUUCUUUCUGCGGUUCCUUAAAUUUGUCUUAUCAUUUCCUGCAUAUUCUAAAUUAACUUAACUUAUGCUUUAAUUCUAUAUUCUUUUUAAAACUGCAGGUUAUAAUAAUAAUCCUGCCAAUGUCUUUACCUGUUUACAAGUUGUUUGUAAAUAUUCAAUCAACCAUGUCCAUUGUAUUUCGACCCCCUGUCUUUCUAAGUGCUGUUUGCAUAGUUUAGGAGCAGAAUGUUUAUGUGCAAGGCAUUUUUUACCUUGAAUCUAGGAAGCUAUAGGGAUGGGAUGAUAAGGACUAUUUUGAAGGUCUGGUUGUCAAUAAAACAACAGUAAGUAGGUGAAGCAGAAGUCCUGAGGCUCCAGAGUAAUGUGGUACACGAGCUAAUAGAGACAAGAAGAUAAUGAAGUGGAGCAAGACAGUUUUUAACUCCUUGAUCUGUGACCUCCCUUUAUUCUAUGAGCUAAUGCUUGUACAAGAAGAUCAAACGUAUCCAUUCUUAAGGAAAUCAGCCCUGAGUGCUCACUGGAAGGACAGAUCGUGAAGUUGAGGCUCCAAUACUUUGGCCACCUCAUGAGAAGAGAAGACUCCCUGGAAAAGACCCUGAUGUUGGGAAAGAUGGAGGACACAAGGAGAAGGGGACGACAGAGGAUGAGAUGGUUGGACAGUGUUCUCGAAGCUACAAACAUGAGCCUAACCAAACUGCGGGAGGCAGUGGAAGACAGGAGUGCCUGGCAUGCUCUGGUCCAUGGGUUCACGAAGAGUCGGACACGACCAAACGACUAAACAACAAAAAUGCUUGUACAACUUAAACUCACACAGGGACAAGCAAAGGAGGACGCCUUCACGCCAGUGUGGCUCCCCUUUAUCACAUAUACAGCCCCACAAGACAGUGUCCUAUCCCACCCCACCCCACAACAACAUACAAAUCAAUAUGGCUAAUCUGACCCAACAACACCCCCCCACACAUGCAAACAUACCACAUUGCAAUCAACAGAACACAACCAACCAAGCUCUGGAUCUGCUAAUAUUUUGUACCACCACCAAAAAUAGAUAUAUAAAUAAAUAACUCACAUGACGCUGACACAAAAACCCUAAACAAACACUAUGCAACAGAAUGAAAAAUCAUUUUCUCCCCAUCUCUCUCUCCCCCCCUUCCCCCCCAGCCACAUAAUGUCUAUGUUAACAGUGUCGCAUACUGAAUGUAAAUGAACUGUGAAAAAGACUCUCUGAAUUGAAAGUGGAGACACCAUAUGUUCUUUUGCGUUGCACAAUAAAAUCUUUAAUAAAAAUAUAAUUUAAGCAAAGAAGCAAAAAAAACUUUGUUAAAAUGUGCUUUGGAGCAGUUCUCCUAACUUCUGGUUUGGAGUAACUGUCAGUAUGGCAAUAGUUUCUUUGAAUAAACUGGGUUCCUACCAGGAAGCUCAGCUUGCAUAUCUGUCUUGGAUUUCUUUCUUUAAGGUUUUAUUCCCUCACCUGGGCAUGAACCAUUGGGAGGUGGUUUAGAAGCAACUCUCUAGUACAAUGCUAAGAACAGAGAUGCAGCUCUAUGCUGGCUUCCUUGUGUUUUCCAGCACAAUUCACGAUUGUACCAACCUUUUACAGUUAUUUGAGAAUGUUGACAAUAUGUGGAAAUAUAAAGGCAAUUAUGCAGAUAUUAUAUAUUUUGAAGGAAGGGCCACCUUCGUGGCAGAGCAGCUGUUUUGCCUGCAGAAGGUCUCAGGUUCAAUUCAUGGCAUCUCCAGGUAGGGCUGGGAAUGUUCCUUGCCUGAAACCCUGAAGAUUUUCUGCCAGCCAGUGUAGACAGCACUGACCUAGACAGACCAAGGCUCAGUAUGUGUUCCUAUAUACUUCCGAAACACUUCUGACAAGAGUCUUUCUCUUAAGCCAAUUUACCAGUUGCAGAAUUGUGUGUUCUCUUAUGGAUCAAUAACUGGUUUAAUACCAGGAAGCAGAUGGUAGGAAAACGUUUAUCUUUUGCACAAUAGUGCAAUAUUUGAAAUUUUUAAAGGCAAAAAUAAUAUGCAAAUGUUCAUAAAUAAAUAAAAGCAUGCAACGUGGCUCCUGAAGGCUGGAGCUGGUGCCUGUGAUGAGGCUGGAGUUAAGGCUAUAGUUUGGCUGUCCGUGUAUUGUGAACUGCCUUCAGAUUUUUGGAUGAAGGGCAGUAUAUAAAUUUAAUAAAUAAUAAAAUAAAUUUGGACUCAAAGGUGGGUGUACAGCAGUAGUAGUGGGUUUGCAAUAAGAGUUUUCUGAGCCACAGAAAAAGCCAGAGGUGGAGGUGGGUGGGCAAGUCAAGAGAGAAGGCAAAAGACAGAGGCAUCUCCAAGGAAGAGUGUGAGGCACUAAUGUGAUGGAGGGAUAAACUUUGUCCUCAGACCUGCACUGGAGGCUGUUAGGUCCAGGAGCAAGGGACAAAGAAUGGUGCUGAGCCCUGCCUGCCCUCUGGCACAAGAGGGGUCUAAGAAUACUCUGGAGGGUUUGUUCCUGUGGAGAGUACCAUAGGGCUAUUUAAUUUAUUCACAAAUAAUCUGGAGGUACAGGAGGCUUACUUUCCACAUUAAGUGACAGUGUGUAUGAGCUCAUAGUCAUUUAGAAUGACGAAAAUGCAAGCAGAUUGUGAGAAACACCAAAAGAGCUCUCCAAACCAGUGUUUCCCAACUGGGGCCAUAUGGCCCCCUGGGCCCCUCUACGAUAUUUCAAGGGGCCCACGGGUGAAAAUUGCGUAAAUGGGGUGGCCACAGAGGGAAGUGAGAAGUGAAGGAAUAUAUAUAUCUACUUGAACAAUCACAAGAGGGUAAGAGGGCAUCUCACCAGGGCUUAGCACUCUUUUUUGCCAUAUGCAUUUUCUUGGAGCAGUCCUGGUUUGUUUCCCACAGGAGAGGGCGAUCGCUGAGGCUCCUGUUUUGACUGGUAGAGCCCGCGAUCCAGAACCCCCAGGUCAGUGCUGGGUUAGGGUGGCAAUGGGUAGGGCUGGGAGAUCUGGAGCUGCUUGUUGCUGUCACCACUGCUAGGCCCAGUGGCAGUCUGGGCCUGACUCUGCAAGGUGCAGGGUGCAGUCAACUCAAGCACCUAGUGGAUCAGGGCUUUCAGAUGUUGCCAAGAGGCACAGGGCCUGUUGGCAGCAUAGGCCCGGCUCUGCAAGGUGUGGGGUGAAAUCCACUCAGUGCCUAGCCGAGCAGGGUCAUCUGGUGCUGCUGACUUGCAUCUAGUAAAUAGCAAAGUACGGUAUUUACUCAGCAGAAGGCUGCACUGAGUUCAGUGGGCCUUACUUCCAGGUAAGGGUUUGUGGGGGCUGUAGUGUUUUAUCUAGGCAGCCAGGGCUCCUUGAGAUGACAAGAUCUUUUUUUUUUAAUUUUCCCAUAUAUACAGAACUCCCUAUGUGCAUUUUGGACUGUAUUUGUAGGUUUCCCCCUCUGUGUCAAAUAAUUGGGGUCAAACAAAUGUUGUUUACUUUUUUAUAAUACUUGGAAGAUGGCUCUCCCUCUGAAGGUUCUGAACUCUCCUUCCUUGGAGGUUUCUAAGUGAAGGUUGAAUGCUGGUCUCGCAGGGCCCACCUUUCUCGUUGUUUCCUCACACUGGUCUGGCCUAAUAUAUUGCCCAUCUCUAGCACCACACUGGAAUGCUGUGUGUCCUUGAUAAAGGACAGCAAAGAGUUGGAAAAGAUCAACCAAUUUUGUUCAGGCAGAUAAAGUAUAUUCUCAAGAGGAAAGCCUUAAGCAUUUGGAGCCAUUUAGUGUCAAAAAAGAUAACUGUAAUAGAUCUGAUGGAGGUUUAUAAAACUAUGCAUGUUAUGGAGAAAAUGCACGCUCUCCCCCACUUCCAAUGUAUUACUCGCUCAGUUGGUGAGAUCAAGUUCAGUGCUUAAAGAAACAUUUUAUUUUCAAAUUGCAACCUUGUCUUUUUCUCCAUGCAGGGUCUUGAGUAUUUACAAUUGUUACAACAUCUGAAUUUGUACUAUAAUCAUGUUUCAUCCUUGCUGGAAGUUGCCCGCCUUCAAGCGUUGCCUCUCCUUAGAGAGCUGGACCUGCGUCUCAACCCUGUAACCAGGAAGGAAUCUGAUUAUAGACUGUUCACUGUGUACAGAUUACAAGCUCUGGAGAUGCUAGGUGAGAGAUGAAGCAAGGAGAGACAGUAGAGGUCAUUUCUAUGAUGCUGGCAUAAGGGCAAAGCUUGUCACUGUUCCAAUUGUUUACUCAAACAUUGCAGUCAUGGCUUCAGCCAGUAACUACAAGUAGCUCUGUCCCCCAGUCUCAUGGGGAGCUACGUCGAUGGUCAGGAUACCAAUCCCAAAUUCUCUUUCCUGACCAACAGAUGAGGCAGGUGAGAGUGCAUUGCCCCCAUAAAUUUAAAGUAGAUGGGGAACUCUCUCACACACACACACACACACUGCACCGCUGCUUGUGGAUCCUAUCUGCCUCUAAAACAUUGCCUAGACACCCACCCCUCCAUGGUCUGACACCAUAGUUUGAGAACCUCUGCUUAAUAUUAUUUAGCAGUCCUAGAACUGAGCCUUCCCCCUUUUCUUCAUGACCCUGUGCACUGUUUCUAGGGAGUGUGCCCAUGAAAGGGCGUGUGUUUGUGGCUGCACUGUGUACUAAGGGCUUUGCCUUCUGUUGCUAUGGAGAAGCAUAUUAUGCUGUCACAAAUCUUUGCCUCACUGAAUCUUCCAUUUUACUUGUGCUCACUUUGGAUAGCUAGAUUAGUCAGUAGUCUGAUGUUUUUGAAUGAAAACUGCAGGUCCCUAGAGUUUAAGAUUAGACUGAACUGCUGCUAUAGACCAUUUGUUUUCCUCCAGAUGCUACCUGCCAUGCAUGGUGUAUCUUCUUGAAGAACAACCAAUCUUGAUACAAAGACUGGAAGGUGUGGUGGAGUAAGUUUGGAGAGAGAGAACGGGGAAAUGGUGACAUAUAGCCAACUGUUGCUUCUAUAUAAUGAACUUAGAAAGCAAAUUGGGAGCAUAAACCAUAUUCUGUACCUUGAACCGUAGCAAAAUUCCAGUAAAUGUUUGAGUUUUGAUUCAGUGAAUACCAUGCCUUAUUUCUAGUUUGCAUCCAUCUACCUUGAAAUUGUCCUGCAUCCUUCUUUGCAGUAUUCUCAAGCAUAGAAUAGGGCUGGACAGAGCUGUACCUAGGAGUUGGUGAAAGCGGCCUCCGCCGGGGGCGGGGUGUGUGUGGAAGCCGUUUGGGUGUGUGGGAAAAAUCACCAUUGGAGAUUGACUGGGAGAUGAAGUGGCACUAGCCCGCUUUUGGAUCCUGCAGCACAGGGCAAGAGAGGAGAAGGGAGAGAGGGCUUUCAAAAUAUGUCUACCCCCACCCUGCAGUAACUGCCUUUCAGUCAAACCUAGUGAGUUGGCAAAGCUCAGCAGUCACAGAUCAGGACAGGCUGCUGCAAUGAUGAGCCCUAACAGCAGCCACUUCCUUUUGCUAGGAAGUUGUCAGACCAACUCUGUGAAAUAUAUAUGCCUGAGUAGAGUUGCAAAUUUAGGCAGCAAUAUGAGAGUAAAUCCUAUUGAACUGAAUGGGGCUUAUUUCUGAGUAGGCCUGCAGAGAAAUGUGCUGCUUGUCAGUUUUUUUGGCAUCAGAGAUACAAAUCUUACUGUAUUAAACAACAUGUUCAACAACAUGCUGAAUAUAUAGAUUUGGGCUCAUGUUGGGGAGGGACACAUUACUUUGUCAGUAUUUUGCACUGACGCUCACUGGAACAUUUGCUUUUAAAAAUAAACUGCACCCCAAAAUAGUUCAGUUAGCAAAGGAUCUGGCCUGUGCUCCAGUCUACAAGGCUUACCAGGAUUUCGAGUACUUGGGCUGUGUAAAAUAUAGUAAUUUCUAAUGUGGCUAUUGCAGUAAAGUAUUUUUUAUUCCUGAGGAGGAUGUAAUACAGCUCCUUGCCGAGGAUACAAGGGGCCCUAGGGCAUCUCUGUGGUCAGAUGCCCUGAGUGUUGUCAAUGUAUUUCAUGAACAAUACUAGAAUGCCGCUUAUGAAAAGAGGCACAGAAGUGAGCAGAGAUUGCCCUUGCAUGUGGCAUUCUAAACAAAUGUUAGGCAAUAUGGUGCCUAAAACUGUGGCCUAGUUCAUGUGUAGUGUUUAUCCAUGGUUUACUAAACUGUGGUUUAUUUGAUCACCCAAACCCUGGCCAGCAGCGUAACCAUGGCUUGUUAACCACAAACCAACCACAUUCAUAAGCCAUGGUUUGUUGUUGGAUUACAAACCUUAGUUUAUGCUAACUAUUGCUUAAACAUUGCAUAUACGGUAGGAAAGACCUCUAUGUCUGUUCAACUUGCACAUUUCACAUUUGGAAGUUAGCUGUUAGAUGGAAAACAACACUCAGUUCAUCAGGACUGACACAGAACACAGAACAUAAAACAUACAUAGUUUUAUAGUUACAUCAAAAUAAAAAAAAUAGCACGUUACAGCAAUCUUUCUGCAUUUUGGAGGUGUGUGUGUCAGAUAUACAGAAACAGUCUUCAUUCCAUGCUUCUUCCUUCUUCCUUGGAAUUGGUGGGUUUAUGAGGGGCCUGUUAGAGAUUUCUGUAUUUACUUGCAAGAUCACAACUCCAAGGAUUGGGUGAAAUAUGACUUUCUGGUGUGUGAGCCAGUAGGGUAUAAAGCAGGGGUGCCCAGUUUUUUUUCAAAGAGGGCCAGAUUUGAUGAAGUGAACAUUCGUGAGUUUUUUUUUAGGCUUGGAGGAUUGAAGUUUUGAGCUAUUUAAAGGAUUUAACCCCAAAGUUUUUGAGCUUUUUGGGGGAUUGAAGUUGGUGAGCUUUUCUUAGGAUUUUAACCCAGGACAUAUACUGACACGUGGGCCAGAUUCAAUUGACCAUCGGGCCGGAUUAGGCCCCCGAAACAGACUUUGGACAUGCCAGGUGUAAAGCAUAGGGAGACAUGAGAGACCCAACUUGGGCAUGGUUCAUUGAAUAGCCUUGGGCUAGUCACUCCGCUCUCUAAAACUCUUAGGAAAUUACUGGACAGUGAGGAUGAGCAUUCCAUAGUUUACAGGAUAAACCUUGUACUUGCUUAUAUCAUGUGCUGAGUGAAUUUGAACUACCGUAUUUUUUGCACCAUAACACUCACUUUUUUCCUCCUAGAAAGUAAGGGGAAAUGUCUCUGCGUGUUAUGGAGCGAAUGCCUACGGAUGACAGGGGGAUCUGCUGCAGUCGUGAGCAGAGGAUCCAUGGUUCCCUUUCCUUCCCUCCUCCGUGGCUCGCUUUGAAACAGCAAAGCGGGAGAAGAGCCGCUGAGUGGGGAGGAGAGAGGGACAGAGACCCUGCUUGCUUUAAAGGAGCAAAGCGGGAGAGGAGAGGAGCCGCUUACACAAGUGUAAGCGGCUCCUGUCCAGUUGGCUCCUUUAAAGCAAGCAGGGUCUGUGUCCCUCUCUCCUCCCCACUCAGCUGGCUAAAUAGCAGCAAAGUUUUUCAGCGAGCUGGGGAGGAAGGAGAGAAGCAGAGCCUUUAAAGGAGCAAAGCGGGAGAGGAGAGGAGCCUUCUCCUCUUAUACCCCUCUUCUGCAUUAUUAACAGCAUCCUUCUCCACCCACGUGGGUGCGUGUUCCUUGUCCCUUGAGUGCUUUUCCUUCCCUCCCCACUUAAAACGUUGUGACAAAGCACGGAUCCACAUGGAUCCUCAGGAUUUUUGCACUGGGUCACCCCAAAUUCAUCAUCAGAUCACAUAGCAUGUCCAUGGCUACAGCUUGCACCCAAAAAAUCAUGCACCCACUGUUGCCUGGGGCCGCAGUGGUGCAAAAACGUGGUUACAAAGCAUGGAUUCACAUGGAUCCUCAGGAUUUUUGCAUUGGGCUACCUCAAACUCACCGUCAGAUCACAUGUCUGUGGCCACAGCAUGAACCACAAAAAUCAUACAUCCACUGUUUCGUUUAGAAUAUUUUUUUUCUUGUUUUCCUCCUCUAAAAACUAUGUGCGUGUUAUGGUCGGGUGCGUGUUAUAGAGCGAAAAAUACGGUACUUGUUCCCAUUUCUUUACUGCCUCGUAAGUCCUUGGUGGGCUCUGCUGCCUAGUAAUCAGAGACCAAAGGAAAUACUAAAAAGGAGGGCAGGAUAUAUCACCUGAAUAAUCACAUUAUCAGAUGAAUUUUGUGGUACUUCUGUAAUUCUGUUGUCCUUUGUAAGCUGAUGUGAUGCUGUAAAGUGGGAUAUUAGUAUUCUAAACAAAUGACACCAAGCCUACAGGCAGAAAAAUGGCUGUCUGCCUCCAUAAUUUCUAGUGCUGCUGCUGCCCUUUAUUUCUGACACUUUGGUCCAGGAGUGGAGAAUUGUUAUGGCUCUGUGGGCCAGAUCUUUAUCUGGCCCCACCUCUGCAGGCUAAUUCUAACAGAUUGGUAGGGUAGCCCAUCUGUCAAUCACAUGGCACCAUUAUGAUUUCACAUGAUUGCUACCGUUCUUUGAAGCCAGUCAUUGAUCCUGCAUUUUUUUUCUUCAUAGAUGAAAGAACUAUUAGGAAGCAUGAGAGAAAAGCUGCCCACCUGCAUUUUAACCUCAGGAGCAAAGAGGACCCAUUGGAAAAAGACGAGUCAAGGUAUGGAAGUGGCCUGCUGAAAAGUAACACUUUGGAUGGGAAAGGAGGUGCUUGAUAAUGAAGGUUACCUUAAUUCUAACAUCGCUGUUGUUAAAUUUACCUCUAGGGAAAUUACAAUGAGGAGUGAAGUGCUAGACCAAGAGAGCUUUGCAACAUCCAGUAUGAAUACAGAGAGCAACAGGACACGUACUGGUAGGUUUUAUGAGACAAUCACACUGGGAUUGGAAAACCUCAGUAUGCUUAGCCUGAAUAUUUGAUUGUGCUCAUGUACAUUAUGUGGUGCUGCCCUUGUAUCUGGUCUGGAAGCUGCCAUUGUCCCUGACUGUUGACUCUGCCGACCCAGCAUGCCCCUCUGCCAGAAGCCACAACAGAAGAGAGCUUUUGCCUCUAUGUCCUGCUUCUUCAUGGAGGCUGCUGUGGAAAACAGAAUGCUGGACUGGAUGGGUCACUGGCCUGAUCCAGUUGGGCUCUGAUGAGUGACUGACUCUCCAUGAGACAUGCUUGGAUAUUGGCUGCUUUGAGCUUUACAAGGCAUUCUUGCAAUUGUGAGUGUGUCCACACUUUCCUUUUGCCCCGCUCUUUCUAGGCACAGUUCUGUGCUCUAAAGCUCAGUGUCUGGGCAUUCUUCUUUUAGCCCCCCAGCUUUCCCUGUGGAAAACACAUGCUUUAAAGCUGACAUGCAACAAAUGGCCAUUCAGGUUUUCACGGAUUGCCAAAAGUAGGUUUUCAUAGGGAAAACUCUGGAGUAAAAAAAUGGUGCUUGGACAAAGAGCUUUAAAGCGUGGAUCAUGCUUGAUCUCUCCUUUCUAUAGCUAGUCUGUAAGUCCAUAUCCAGUGGGAUGCGGGUGGCGCUGUGGGUUAAACCACAGAGCCUAGGACUUGCCGAUCAGGAGGUCGGCGGUUCGAAUGCCCGCGGUGGGGUGAGCUCCCGUUGCUCGGUCCCUGCUCCUGCCAACCUAACAGUUCGAAAGCACGUCAAAGUGCAAGUAGAUAAAUAGGUACCGCUGUGGCGGGAAGGUAAACGGCGUUUCUGUGCGCUGCUCUGGUUCGCCAGAAGCGGCUUAGUCAUGCUGGCCACAUGACCCGGAAGCUGUACGCUGGCUCCCUCGGCCAGUAAAGCGAGAUGAGCGCCGCAACCCCAGAGUCAGUCACGACUGGACCUAAUGGUCAGGGGUCCCUUUACCUUUUUUUUAAGUCCAUAUCUGACCUUUGUUUCACUCAGACUCUUGACUUGCCUUCCCUCCUUCUUUCCUAAGGAGGAAAUGUGUGUGGCUGCAAUUUGCUGGUGUUUGUUUCACCACAGAUCCUAACCAUCCCUUUUCCCUGAGGGGCAAAACUGUAUAUUGCUACAAUGCCUUGAAGCAAAGAUACCCUCAAGUGGGUAAUCCCUUGAUGUCAUCUUCUCAAACAAAUCCUUUCAAAUGCAUUUAGGGUCUUCAGAUGGGGUUAUCAGAAAGCUUUUCUUACAGUGUUGCACAAUUUAUAUUCUGUUUCAAGGUCAGGGAGAAGGGAUUUAGAUUUCUCACCCAAACUUACUCCCUGGUAUUUUAAAUCUUCUCAUAUCGUGUAGGAUAUGGCCCGCCUUCAACUAUUUUAACAGCUAGUAAGAUACACACACACACACACACACACACACGGUACAAAGGCCCCCAUGUGUUUGCCCUACAAUCUCCCUGGGUGAUGUUGUCACUCCCAGGAGGAACUAUGGUAGGAUUAUAAAUGUGUGUGGCAGAGGAGCAGUGUGCAUUAGCCACUUCAGAUAGCUAGAACCUGUAAAAAAAAAGGUGGGGAGAGAAGACAGCCCCCAGACUAUUUUGUGAGCAUUUUAAAGAAGUCCUGCAUUCAUGUGGAUUCUAGAAAAUCCUCACAGAAAUGGGAUGAAACUAAUUUCCUGGUCAACACAUGUAACAUGGAAACGAACUGGUAUAAUUAAGACUGUUCCAUCCAUCCCUAAUUUGAACCAAUGUUUUCUUUGUUUAUUCCUUUGACUGUAAUACUGUGUGGGGGUUUUUUAAAUAACAAAACCUUAUAUUUGUGGGGUGGUGUUCUGAUCUUUGAUAGAACCCUUGGUUUUGGGGAAUUGGGUUGGCAGAUUUUUGAACCCAGCAGAGUUGUGACACUAUUCCCCACUUAGAUUUAUCUCUCUCCCCAGAUUAUACUUGAUUUUUUUCUCUCUAACUCAGGAAGGUAUUGCAGUUAUUUAUUUUGGGGGUAUUUUAUGGUACAUCUGAGCUCAGUGGUAUAUCUGGGAGCUAUAAAUGGGUUUAGUGCCCCACUGGGCUGCCAAGGUAAGGAAAUGGAUAAAUGCCCCCUGAGGAGCUUCCUGUAAGAGCAAAACAAAAGGAUGGGCCUCAGCAGUCUGGAACACGUGGGUGUGUUUCAUUCUGAUUCUUCUGCAAACGAACAGUGGGUGCUCAUCAUUAUUUCUCCUUAUGAAACGAAACCAGGUACAAAGUAUUCAUCUCCUCGCCAUAUGUCAUGCCAUGAUGAGAGAGACUCAUUUCUAAAGACAUCGCCUGUUUCUGUGUUGCCAACCAGCAAAUUAACUAAAGGAAACAAGGACCAGAUCCUGGUAAGUGGGCUUGAUGAAGUCAAACAGAGGCAGGCGGCUUCUGCUGCUGUUUUGGGCAGCGCUUUGCUAUGUUAAACUUCUGUGUCCUCUAACUGUACAGUUGCAUCAGUGUCAGCUGUAGAAAGUUUUUAGGUGUCAUAUGCAUUGAGAGGGAGGCCUUUCCUUUUCAAAAUUGUGGCAAUCCCCCUGUUUAUGUCCUUUCUUAUAUAUAAAGCAUGAUAAUGCCAAACCUACUCUUUUUGUCCAUCCCAUUUGUAUCGGUUCAUUAAAUGACUAGAAUAUGUGUUCACAUUUUGGGUUAUACAGUACAACUAAGUGAAGUCAGUAAACUCCAGGCUAGUUCACAGACUAGAAGGAGAGAAACAGUAGGCCUAUAUGACAGUUCAUUGUCCUACGCCUCAUAUCACAUGGUGCUUCCGGGGACAGUGGCAUGAUGGUUAGUUUUAUGAGUGUUUGCUACCACUUGCCUGUUGAAAUGCCUACUGGUAAUUCUGCCCCUAGAUCCAUUUAUGGCCUCUUAAUUGAAACACUCAGAAACAUUUCGUGUGGGGGGGGGGAAGGGCCAAAAUGAAAACCAGAUGUGCUUCCACCCCCAGGCCUGGAGAAAGCAACUGAAAUGCAAAAUACUUAAAACGCUUAUAUGGUAAAGCAAUGCCAAAAGUUAAGGUAAAAGACUGAUUUUUCUGAAACAAAUGAGUAACUCUUGCUAUUGGACAGAAUAUUGACUUUGUAAUAUCUUCCAGCUAGACAAUGCAAAAGCAAGACAGUUUCUGAGUCACAACUCUUUGGACAGAGGUGAGUGUUUUCCUUUUCCAAACUCAUAAAAAUCUGUGUGCAUUCUCAGCCUUUAGGGGUCAGAUGACUCUCCUGAUUCUGAUGUUUCUCUAAGGCCAGUUCUCACAAAAAAGCAGACAGAAAGUAGUAAAAUCUAUCCAGAUUCUGCUGCUUGAGCCUGAAGAUUUCAUCAGUACGUUAAAAAACACACCUUGCAUGUCAAGGUCCCCCCCCCAUGGGGACCCAUAUUCCAUCAUGUAAGUGUCCACUUGCAGUCUGAAGUGGAACAGUCCAAAUAUGGGCCUACCACCUACCUGCUCUUUCUGAAUACUAGGCCUAAAUCUAGAUGAAAAUGUGACUAUUUGAAGAUAUGGGUGUUUCUUACAAGGUUUUAUUUCAACUUAUCGAGAUGUUUUUCAGUUUGGUACAAAAAUAUAAUUUACAGGAUAAGUUUUGAGUGAUUGAUGGGUUUUCUUUUUGCAACCAUCAAUAUAAAUGGCAGGUAUAUUGCUAAUAUGCUUCUCAACCACUAGAGCUCCAGUUUUUUGGCUCGCUCAGCCUUUGCCUCAGAGCAUGAAAUAAACAUCUGUCAACCCACAUAAUUUAAUUUAUAAAUGGAACCUUAUCUUAAGUGUGACUAAAUUCACAUCUCUUUCUUCCCAGCAAAGUUUAUUAACUAUGAUUAUCUUGUGAUAAAUGGAAACAACACCUGAUAUGAAUUUAUGUAAACCACAUAGAGGGGUUUUUUUGAGCCAUCUGUGCUUCUUGUUGAAUAAAAAUAUAUUUAAUGAAUGAACAAGUGAAUUGUAAUGUCCUCCCUCUGCUUGUUGCUUGCAGAACAGAAACUCCGGUCUCCCACUGCCCUGCAGGCACAGUCUUCCCUGCCCUCCCAGAUGAAAAGCAGAGCUGUGUCUGGUAAGGGGAAGUUUCACGUGUCCUUUUCUGAAGGCUCAUCUCUAGACUUCCUCUGUCCAGGAAAAAGAGAAAUGGGAAAUAGGAAAGUGGACAUUCUUGACCUUGGCCGGGCUGCUUCUCCAACUAGGAGGCUGAGUCUGAGUGAUGAUGCAGGGAAGACCAACCUCAGGCCAGAGAGUUAUGAGCACCUGUACCUCCCAUCCUCUGCUAAUCGCAGGGAGCUGGUGAAGAGGCUUCAUGAUGAGAGGAAUGAGAAGACGGCAGCCGAUGAUGUUUGUAAUUACACCUCACAGUUUGCUAACGAAGUCCUGGCUCCUGCCCGGUCCUCAUGUGGAGAUUUCCUGGGACAGCACUCAGAAGCGGAUGCAGACCAUGCAAGUCCCUUAAAGCUCAGCUCAGGUAAAGGCCGGCUUUAUUGUCUUAGUUUUCAAGAUGUAACUUCUUCAGUCUUUCCUAACCUUUCUGAAUGAGAGGAAAUCUUUGUUUGGUUCUCUCCUGGUGACGCAAAAUGUCAACUUUCUGCCACUAUUAAUAAUAUUUCUUAGCCUUCUCCUUUUGCAAAAUAAAGGUGGUCAACAGUAUAAUGAGCAGCCAGCUUCUGUUCACAAAUUUCAGCUUCAAAGAAAGAGGCAUGAAGGCAAAAACACUGAGCAAUGGGCCUUCUCCUAAAUUUCAGAAUUCAGUGUACAGUGGUACCCUGGGUUAAGUACUUAAUUCGUUCCAGAGGUCCGUUCUUAACCUGAAACUGUUCUUAACCUGAAGCACCACUUUAGCUAAUGGGGCCUCCUGCUGCCGCCGCGCUGCCAGAGCACGAUUUCUGUUCUCAUCCUGAAGCAAAGUUCUUAACCCCAGGUACUAUUUCUGGGUUAGCGGAGUCUGUUACCUGAAGCAUAUGUAACCCAAGGUACCACUGUAUUGUCAAUAGUCAAUAGCCGUAGAAGAGAAGAUCAUUACUCUAUCUCUUCCACUUAGCUUAAAAGAGGCAGGCCUAAAGUGAGACUAGGAAUGGGGGAGCAAUUUGAUUCCAUUCUCAAACUUUAUAAAGUACAUUUUCUUGAAAACUAAUAAUUACAGCAAAGAUUCUUGUUCCUCUAUCUAUUGAGUACGUAACUGAAUGUAGUUAUGAGACUGAUACUCAAAUCUGGGAGUUAGGAGAAAUACCCACAAAAGGGCGGAAAAACAGGGCACAAAUGAAUAGAGAGAACAAAGUUGAUCCUCACAACUGUUUCUGCUAUGUUUAGCCCGUUACCAUUCUCCAUUGGUAAAAGUAUCCUGAGCUUCUCCAUUGGAAAAUGAUUUUACAGCUCUUGUCACCACACAUGCUUGGAUUGAACCCACUCUUCCAAAGAAUUUUCACACAUGGAUAAUGGUGUACUCUUUCUACCUGUAGGAGCAUUUGGAAGGACUACUUUGUUACACCAAAGUUGCAUGAUGAACAGGCCUGUGCACAGCUUGUCUGAGACCUGGAGUGGGAGUCUUGUUAGAAUAAAAUUAUUAGCAUGACAGUGUUAAGUCCUAGCAGGGGGCCCCAGCCGGCUUAGCCCUCCGAGGCCCGGGGCAAGUAUACUUGGUUGCCCCCUCCCCUGCACAGGUCUGAUUGUGAACCAUAGAAAGCAUGGAGGAUUUGGGCAUGGCUACCAGAAUUUUUGGAAUUUGGUUGGCCUAAAUUUUACUUUGGUUUCAUUUGUUUUCGAGAGUUGGCCACAAGUGUAGAAUUGAUGGCCGCUUGCUUUCAAUCUUGGGGGGAAAUGGAAAAGAGGAGCUCACAGUGGGUGAGAAAUAAAAUUAUGGGCAUGCAUGCCAGUGAGCUUGGCUCAACAGCCUAACUUGCUACCUUGUCCCCAGUGCUUUGGGUAAGCUAAUUACCUUUUAAACAAAUGCUGGAUUAGUAUUUAUCUAUUUGUUUUGACACCUUAAAAAAAGUGUAAACUAUCUGAGGAAUUAUGACACCAAGGGCAUCAGUGAAGCAGUACUGUGUACAGUGACCUGCAGACUUGCAGGAUUUAUUUUUCCAGACAUCAACUCUGGAGAGAUCAUGCAUUUAGAUCAAGAGUGGGGAAGACAGGGUGUCUUCACUGUUAUUCUUUGCUCUGUUACAGUGCUUGGAUGCUUAGCCACUAUGAAAAUAAUUCAGGCCCUUUUUGGGCUGGUGGAGGAUAGAACUGGACUAACAGCCCACCUUCAAGAUGGCUGGGAAUUAAAGAUGCCUUGUGACAAGUGUAAGCCUUUCUUUCCCAUCUGCUAACCAAACAGUUCCUUUCUUUCAUUAUUCAAUUCAGCUUCUACAAGCUUUGGAGAUUUCCUGUCGAAGCAUCGUUCUUUGUUAAGUGAGGUGUCUCUUGGGAAUUCACAAUCGGCUACAGCCUUAACAUCCACAUCCAGGAAAGGGCGAGACCCGCCAGCCUGCCGAUCUCUCAGUCCUUCAAGAAUGGAGUUUAAGCAUACCAGCAGCCAGCACACUCCAGUAACCCCCAAGCACUGUUUUAGAGAGCCAGUAACGGAGGUGAGUGCUUUGUUCUGGAUCCUCUUUGUGGAGCAGGUAGAGCAGGGGAAGGAUCAUGGGGUGGUAUGCUGCCUAAUGAAGCAUGUGUGGUAUCUGUUCUUUAGCAUGGAUGUGAGACAUUUAUGGGCAUGCCUCAGAUUGUUCUGAGUGACAUUCAUUUGCCCUUUCAUCUGUUCCUCCCAGCCCCAUUCUGCAGCAGUUGAUUUCUUCAGCACAGUAUAAACUUGCCAUUGUAUCUCAGGGUGUUUCCAGACUCUCAGUAUUUUGUGAGAGAUAUUCAAACUCUUACUGGAACUUUAGGUUUGAGGAGCUAAAAUGAGUCAGAAUACUCUGUUGCCCUAGCCUAGUGCAACAAACCCACUUUAGAAAAACAACUCUUUCAAAAGUGUGUGGUUAAUGAAUGUUAAACAAGAAGCUUGCUCCCAGUGCCAGUCAGUUGGUUGGCAUGAACAGUGCAUCAUCAAAGGUAAUCACUGCAACCACUGGUCUGCCAUUACAGCAACCUCCUUUGAUCUUAGACUGGUACCAGUCACCUGACAACAUUAUGACAUCAGGUGAUUGACAAGUGAGCAGUUCCGCCAACCUGUCAGAGUUGGCCUGGGAGUGGGAAACUUAGGCAUCCAGCCCCGGAUCCCGUUCCCCACUCUUACAUACCUCAUUACUGUAUAAGGCCUUUCAAAAGGGACGUCAAACAGUGGUUCCAGUUGUACCUUUCCCUCAUCCUCAGGAUCAUGGGCUGUCAAAGUGAUGCUGAUCCUGAAUUGAACCUUUGCCCUGCUCUUGUGAUUUCAAACAAGGACAUAGCUCAGUGGCAAAGGAUAGACACCAGAUUCAUAUACUGAGGAGAGAGCCUAGAUUAGCUAAACUUCAGUUAUAAAGACUGGGGGUGGGACAAACCCAGUUUGAUAAAAAUUGGCAAUGAGGCACGGCAUACAGCUAGUUAGCAAGGCUGAGGGCUAGACCAGGAGCAGACCAGUAUCAGCCUCUUUGUUGUCUACGUUGUGUUAAUUACUUAGUAAUAAUAAUAUAAAAAUUCUAAGCUACAAAAACAACUGAAAAAACCAAGAAAUUGCAUGAUUUAUUUGAGAAACAAGUUGUCAGAAAUUCUCUCCUACCCUCGAACUUUAAUCCACCUCUUUAAAUGUGCAUAAAUAAAUUUUAGAUGUUUGUCAGAAUGCCUCCAUAUGUCCAGAUGUGACAAAUGUUACUUAUGUGUUUUGUAGCUUCACUCCAGAGAGCAUAGCAAUAUCCCUCUCCAGACAGCAAGUAUUGUCAGCAGCACUGAGAAACCAUGUCUUCUUGUCACUGUCCUGCAGCAACUCCUGGAUUUAGUGGAUCGUUAUUGGAAUGGCUCUGGCUCCCUUUUUAUCAAUAAGGAUUUCCUUGGUAUGCUGUUCUAGGCUCAGGCUAUGUGCCUAAAACUCCCACCACCCCCUUCUUUUCAGAGAAGGGAAGCAGACCACAUGCCAAGCAUGUCACCAGGCAAUAUUCAGUGUCCUUGUUUGCUGUGCACAUCACCAGACUAUUUGCAUCAGGGGUCACAAAGAAUUCUAUGCAAUUCUUGUAUUCUAUGCAAGGCUGUGAUCAUGGGGCCUUUGAAACAGGAAGAAUACCUCUGAGGAUGUGCAGAAUGGCUUUCCCUCACAACACAGUAAUGAUAACCAGGUCACAUACACCUGGGCAUUGGGGUAAACACUUUUAGGUAAACAGGAUAACUCCCAGGCUAGCUAAAGGCUCAGCACCUCUUGUCUUUACUACCUCUAACCCUGAACUUGACUGGUGAGUGCCAACAGCAUAGUAGCCAAAAUUGGACCAUGUAGGAUCAAACGCAAAUUUUGGCUUUGUUUGGCCUGCUUAACUUUUUCUAAUCUUCUCUUUUUUUGCAUUCUUGUGACCAUCAUACCUCCUAUCAGAUGGAUCUGCUUAUUUUUCUUACUGUAUUUACUCAAGUCUAAUGCGCCAUCAAAUCUAAUGGGCACCUCAAUUUUGAGAACCUUGAAACCAAAAUAAGUAUUUGCUGGCAAAUGUAAAUGUGCCAUUGAAUCUAAUGUGCACCUUAAUUUUUGCAAAAUGUGCACCUUAAUUUGGCCAAAGAAAGGUGAGCAUUAGAUUUGAGUAAAUAAAGUAAUAUUUCAAAUUUAACUGUAGGGCAGAUUCUUUCAUCUUUAAUGACUCAGCAACUCCUAGCCUAGUUACUAAUCUCUAGGCAAGACCAGCUCUGUUGAUUUUUCUUUUUGCCCGAAGCAAAUUCAUGCAAGAUGUUACAGCACCCAAUGUCUUUCUUACCUAAAGUAAACACUAUGUAGAUUACAGCAGUAAUAGGUAGAGAGCACACCACCCAGAUACUUUAUUCCACAGAAAAAUGCAGCUCUUCAUGGUUAUGAGAUGACCAGCCACUCUUAUCUGAAAAACGCUGUGUUAUGCAAUACUCCCUUUACAGGCAAGUCUGAAUUCAUUAAAAAUAUAAUGUAAUUGCCCUGCAUGAAGGACUCUGCAACUUGAAAACAGACACUGAAUGUACUUUUGUUACUCAUUAAAAAUCUUUUAAUAAAAAUGUAUUUUUAAAAAGAAAAACCAGACCUCCAAGCAGAUAAAAUCCAGACUUACGUCCUCUGGUCACCACUCUGUAAAAUACAGUAUUGAUAAGGCAAGUUAAAACCAAUUAAUACAAAAUUAAAACUAAAUUAAAGCUAACUUUAAAAGCUGAAAGCUACAGAGCAACCAGGAUAUACCAACAUAUUUUGGGGGAUCCUGAAAUUUGCAAUAGUACAGAAAAUCUUUAGAAGGGGAAAAAACACAAAUGGAAUGACAGCAACAAUAUCCAAAGCAGGUCACUGGGGACUGAGUAUGCGCAGUAGCCAAAGAAUGUGAAGGACAGGGUCAGGAGAGAUGGGGUGGGGUGGGGCUGACUGGGUUAUCCUGAGACAGGGCAGGGCUGGUUGGCUGGAACCCUGAUCAGGAGCAAUAUCCACACUGCAACAUUUGGCUGCAGGUCCCACUUACCAUGUUUUAAUCUGGUUUGUGCUUUUAUUGUCCUGCAGCUCCAGCACGCGAUUUGCUUGCAUACUUGAUGGCGGCUGCCCGUUCACAGCAGGACGUUUGCUCAGCCCGCAAAGCCGUGCUAGGCCCUAGCUCCUCGGGGUUCAGUUGCCAGCUUCCCAGGGAACAACCAACGUAUUCUCAGCAGCACUGCAGCAGUGCCAUCGACAAGGCUAGGAGGGUACGUGCUGUUCACCAUUGCUUCCCUCUUCCUUCCUCAGUAAAGUGGAAGCAAACCUAGUUCUGUUUUAUGAGAGAAUCUUUAAUGUUUUAUAAUUAAGAUAACUUACUGUCCAGGUAUCUGAUAAGCCAUGUGCGCAAGUCCGUGCUGCUGCUCUGAAUUAUGGAGCCAUCCAGCCCAGAGCCUGUGACUUAUGUGGAUCACCAUGUGCCAGUGGUCAGGCAGUGGCUGAGAGCCCCCAUGGACUCAGAAGGACCCCUCCCUGACCCAGCCUGUCUGCGCCAGCACUUGCCACCCUCCAUGCCAGCCCCCUCGGCUGCUAUGCCACCUCCGAAUGACAGAACAAGAAAUGUCCACAGACCCCCAACACACUGGGGCCUCCUGCCAUCUGACACUGGGCCUGAGCGCUUUGUAUUUUUCUUUAAACACCAGAAUGUGAUGCAAAACCCACACAGCACAGCUUCCCUCUGGGUAUCUGGGUAGCCUCCCACGGCCACACACUCUCAUAAACAGUACCCUACAGCCUCUGGAUUUCUCUCCCAGGAAACACAGGCCCUUACAGCACCUUCUUUGCAACCCAGUAUUCUCAAAACCUCUAUACUCUCUUCAUAGUCAUGGGGGUUUUAUGUUGCGGUUUCAUUACAUGCAUUGCAUCUGAAUGCCAAAAAACAAACAUUGCUUUAUUUAGAAGGUCCUGGGCUGAUUGGUGACGGGAUGGUGUUGUCUUCAGAAAUCUCUAACCCAGCCUAAAGAAGAAACCUUCUUGAUCUCACAUGUGUGGCCACAUAUUUAUGUCAGACCAACAGAGUCGCCUUUCCCCCUUGUUGAACUACCCUACCAACUCUUUCCUUCCCUCCCCAACAGAAGGUGGAAGAGAGUCAGAGCCCACCUUUCAAAGAACGAGGUGUGGAAGGUGCUGCUGCUGCCGCCGCCGCCGCCACCUCCAGUUCCAGCUCCCACGGAAUAUAUUCUCUCUCUUAUGGUAAGUUCACUGGUUAAAUACCAGACGGAUGUCUGACUGGACUUGUCAAUGCUAGGACUUUCAUAUCUUUUCUACACUUGUGUUGAGGGAGGCUUUCACAUAAUCAGUCAGCCUAACUGCUGUUUCUACAUGCUCCAGAUGAAUGAGAGAUUGACUACCUCUCCUGCUCGAGUCAAGACUCAGGCUGGCGUUGAGGAUCACAGGCACAAGCCCCAACCCCAGUAAAAGAAACAAUGUCCCCCAUAGGAUGUUUCAUUGUGCCAUUUCCACUACCAGUGCCCAUUGCUACAGAGCUUGCCUGGGAGAACUUCCUCUCAGCUGGGGAAGGCAGAUUUAUACCACAACAUCCAGCCACGGGGGAGGGGCUUGGGGUGAAGCCAGAGAGAUGCAAGAUGACAUAGAAGGAUGGACAGGGUGACAAAGGAGCUGAACCAGAUUUUGAACCCUGCUGAUAGCCAUUAAGUUUACUGCACCUCCUUGGGCCAAUCACAAGGAUAAAAUAGGGGGCAGGAGGAGUGAGGACAUGAGUUUAUUGGAGGAAAGGCAGGCUAUAAAUAAAAUAGUGGUGUUUUUUAAAAAAAGGUUAAAAGUGUUGAUAACAAUUUAAGGCAGUUUGCAACAAACUAAGCAGCAGUAGCAGCAUCUCAACAAUACAAAAGUACAUUUGAAGUCUACAAUACAGGUGGUAAAACAAAGUCUCCAAAGGGGUGCAUGUUCCAGUUCAGUUUUCAUACUAUCUCUGUUCUUCUGCUGCACCUAGAUUCAGAAUAAAAUGGAUACCCCAAAAAGCCAUUUGAAAGACUUCAAAUGAUCAUAGAAUAAUAGGUGGGGUUCCAUGGGUCACUUUGCUCUGUACCUUUUCCCAUGCCUUUGAUCAAGCACAACUCUAGGUUUGCUCAUCUGCUGAUAUUUUUCUCCUAGAUGAGUUGUUAAGUAGAAAUGAGCAGCUGAAUGCCCAGGUGGACAUCUUAACUUUUGAAUUAAAGCAGCUUAAAAAGCAACAGGACACCAUCAGUUUGCUGAAGGAGAGUCAAAGGUAAAUUAAGUUUGGCAGUUUCAUUUAGGGGAGGGAACAUAGGGCUAUCAUUCAAUUUUUUAUCCCUCCUUCCUAAAAGUAGCUCACAUGGCAUUCAUGGUGUCCCCCCACACUUUUGUCAUCACAACAUCGCUGUGAGGUGGGCUAAUCUGAAAAAGUGACUAGUUGAAAGAGUCACAGUCCAUCUUUAUCAUGACACAUAAUUGACAAGCAGGUUGUCCCUCCCACCUGUCAAAAGCUCUUGCAUGGGGAUUGCAAAUUUGAUGUAGAAGGGAAGAAGAAAAAGAGCAUUGAUAGCAGAUCCUGUCCUUUGCUGAUGCUUGUGAUAGACACCUUUUGGAGGGGAGAAAGAAAGCUGCUUUUUGUAAGCAAGUGCAGCAGGCAGGACUUCUCCUGUGCUCUGCCGAUGCUCACAAAAAGCACCUUUUAUUUCUUCUUGCCUUGGCUGCUGUGCAGGGAAAACGCAAGAGGCAAAAUCCUGGUUUGGCUGCAAGUACCUGUUUGCAAACCCAAGACAGGAUUGAACCAUGCCCUCCUGUCCAUUAACUAAUGCCAUGAGCAAUGUGACCUGGUUUAUAGGGGGACAUGGGUUAUGGGACAAUUAAACCCUCUGGUUAGGGUCAGGAUUAGUCCCUAUGCCACAUGUCCAAUGAUUGAAAAUAUCAAGUUGGAGACUUACAGGUUGGCAACUAAUGAAACUCCUGUUUGAAGUAGCUUUUCUUGUUGGUUUGAAAGUCCAAGAAAGCUAACUCAUUCAGAGAUGCUGAGCUCAGUCAAGGGUGGUUCCUGUUCAUUGUUUCCUUCUUGCCAGGUCUCUUGUUUCCACAAACAACUUCCUUCUGCAGCAGCUGAAUAAAGAACAAGACCCUUCCUUAGGCAAAACAGGCCGUCUUUCGGAGAAGAUCCCUGAUGCUCCUUGUCAUGCCUCUUGCCCUGCGAGGACGUCCCAUCGUGCUUCCCUCACCUCUCCCAUUGCUUGGAAUCCAGAAAUGUUAAGCGGCUGUCCUCUCUGACAGAAAGCACAGAAUCACUUUCUUCCCAUGGUGACUGUCAUACAAAUUAUGCUUCAUUUUCACAUAACCAAUCAAUCAAUCUCUUUAUUACAGGCAGUGACCAGUAUUCUUCAUUUUCACAUAAGUAUAGUAUGAAAGCCUGUUGGCAGGUGUGCCUACUCUUUACUGCUUUUAAUGGUACUAUUUCUUUGACUCCUCAUGGCCCUAGGAGGGACUCACUGGCGUGUCCAGAUGUGCUCUGAGGACAUCCCAAAACAGAAGCACCCACAAACAUACUUACUUCACACACUCCAAGGCCAGGAAGAGAGUCCACAGCCUCCCUGCUCUACCUUUUUUCCUCAGGGACAUUGGCUUCAGCCCCCAUCUCCCAGUUUGUCCUCCAUGCCUGAACCAAAGUCCAGCUUUCCAGUGGCCAUCCUACAGUGCCUAUGGUUAACUCCAUCUCCUUUUCCCUAUUCAAAAACACCCUUCUGCUGUUCUCUUCCACACAUGCCCCUCAGUCCUUUCCCUGGGCCCAGAAGGCUUCCUUUCUUCAGAACUUUAUAGAGUGGCCAAGGCUUCAUCGUCUCACAGUAUCCAGAUGGAAAUGGUUUGAUGUAGUAACACAAUGUAUUAAUGCUGAGUAUAAUCCUUAGCUAGUGGGAUUACACACCAGAGUGUGCAAAAGGGGAAAUUGUAGGUGUUGUUAAAAUGAUAAUUGAAUUCAAGAUGUACCGUCUCUGAUAACAACAGCUUGAAAGUAUGUAGCUAACACUAAGCUUGAAUUGAGAGGUAUCACCCAUUUAUCCUGGCCCAUUGUCAUGCAUUUGUGCAGCUCUAAACUGUGAUCUGGACUUGCUGCAAGGCAAACCCACAAAAUCAUCUUGCAGCCAUAGGGAGAGAAGUGGAGGUCUUCUGGCCAAUUGCUCUGGUUUUGGCCUGACCUGGCCAACUUCUCUCUCCACCCAACCCAGACGAGUAAUAAGAUGGAAGCUUAUUAUGGAAUUGGUGCUGCUUGUACAAAUAAGCAUUUUUGCAGCAUCCAUAUAUUGCAUCAUCAGAAUGACAGGCCAGACUUUCUUCUGCACUUUAAUCUGAAUUUCCCUUUACUGUGGAAAAUCUGGCAAGUAGAAAGAGCCCAGGAUGCAGCUGCAGGUGCUUCUUUUGUGAAAGGCUCAUGGCACAUUUCUUUAUGAUGAUGAGUGAUUUGUGGGGUGUGGUGGUGUUUUUAGUGGGCAGCAAUUCAUGCCACUCCCCUCCUUCCAUUUGCUUCCAGCCAUGUUGAUGACACUCCUGUGCCUGUUUUCACCACUUUCUGCACACGGAAGGCAUGCAGAUUUCAACAAUCCACUAUGUGUGGAGAAUUGCCUUCAAGGCUGUGAUAAGAAAAGUACCAACUACAGAGGUCUAGCACAAGAUCUCUUUAUCACUCGUGCACAAGAAAGACUUCAGUAUUUUAAAAAAUCUUAACAAUUUUGCCAGUGCCAUAUCUCACAUACAAAGUACCUUUUUUAUUUCCGAUACCUAGUCUUCUUGUGUCACAGCACUUACAGUGCUCAAAAGAGCAGUCCUAGUCUAAAAAUUGAGCCCUAAGGACACAUGACUGCAGAGGUGGCCAGCUCACUCCAAGUUGCCUCCUAAUUUGAGAAACCUUGUGAUGUACUGGUGAAGGCAAAACUGCCAGCAGCCUUUUGAGGUUGGGUUCACCAGUGCUCUGUUUUGCCUUAAUUAUAAAUUGGCUUCUGCGAGGGAGAGCAAGUAGGAUAUAAAUGGGUGCAUGUUUCGUUGAGGGAGGCGUGCCAGUAACCCAGGGCUGGUGAGUGGAAAUAGGGCUGGGAAUGGAAUCCCAUUUCUUUACAUGUCACAUUUUGGGACAGAAGACAAGAGACCCAAGAGAUGCCGCUUCAAUUUUUAUUCAAAAGACUCAUGAUAUAAAGCUUUAGAAAGCCUCAGGCUGCUCCAUCCUCAUUAUGCCUUGGCCCUUCCUUUGGUUCCUUCCGAGGCUCUCACCAUGGCAAAACAUUCCCUUCCCAAGUCACCAGCACCCCGUGUUGCUUUUCAGAGAGGUUGCAAAGCACUUUCAUAAUGCCAGACACACUUUCUUCAACAGUCAGGUCAGCCUGCAAGGUACAAACCAUGGUUAGAUAGUGAUUCUGCAGAGGCACAAGAAAAUCUGCAGUGAUGGAUGAGAGCUCAGCCAACCACAUGAGUGAUGGUUUUGCCUAUCUAGCUACCAAAGGAUUGGCCAGAAGGGAGGGAUGGGAUAAGUUUGUCCUUGGUUGUAAUUUUAGUGUGGGCCUGACUGAAUAUUCACUUCUCCAAACAAUAAGCAAAACUAUAUGCAGCUAUCCUUGGAAAUCGGCACACCCCAAAAAUCUGUAAUGCAAUUCUCCCACCAAAAAUGUGAUCAGCAGUGUAUUUAUUACAGGCAAGUGUGAAUAAAAAUGCAUCCAUUAGUGAG